UUGGAGAGAGAGGAUUCAGCCCAGAGUGUGGUGUACACCUUCCCGCACCUCACCAUCCAAGAGUUUGUAGCCGCACUCGCACAAUUCCUGACUGUAGAUCCCAGGAAUAUCGUGAAACUCCUGUCUGAAGCCCACAGCACGACAGACGGGCGAUUUGAAGUAUUUCUCCGUUUUGUCGCUGGUCUCUCCUCCCCACGGUCAGCUCGUGUUCUGGAGGAGUUUCUGGGUCAAUUUCCUAACGAAACAAUCUCCCGAGUGAUUGACUGGGUGAAGGAGGAAGUUAAACGCCAUGCCGAAAACACAGGGAGUGAAGCUGGUAAACGGAGGCUUCUGAACACGAUGCACUACCUGUUUGAGUCUCAGAAUCCUGCACUGGCUCAGCAGACACUGGGAUCUGUGGAAACACUUUCAUUCAGUGGCCUGCGACUGACCCCGAUUGACUGUGCGGUCCUGUCUCAUGCCAUCAGGCUCUGUGAUACAAUCAAACGCCUCGAUCUGGAUCACUGCAGCAUUCAGUGUGAAGGUCUCCAGCGGCUGGGACCGGCUCUGCACAAGUGUCAGCACUUGGGACUGGGAGACAACGACCUGGGAGAUUCCGGAGUGAAACUGGUGUCUGCGACUCUGAGGAACCCGGACUGUAAAUUACAGACACUGACGCUGUACAAAGUCGGUCUCACAGAUUCUGGAGCCGAGGAUCUCGUCUCCGCUCUCACUACAAAGCCCUCACUGACGGCACUGGACCUCGGACACAACUCCCUCACAUACAGAUCUGUCCCCACUCUCCGCCAACUCAUACUGAACCUCCCGAGACUGGAGCGGAUCUGGCUGUGGGGGAAUAGGUUCAGUCCAACAGGGAGGAAGGAACUGAGGUCGCUGCAGGAACGGAAACCAGGACUGAGAGUGACGUGUGAUCCUCUCCGCGUGUAAACGUCACCAGCCUGGGGACGGGAAUAUUGUUGACCGAUUCCCCGCUCUCCAAUUUAAUCGGCUUCCCUCUCGUUUGAACGGCGGCCCUCCCCUUGAAACGGCAAAUCCAGUACUGAUAUCCAGUGGGGGAUAGGGGAAUUGCAGAUGGACCUGCAGGAUCUCGGAUGUGACUUUAUUAUCAGCGCCCCCGCUCCUGCUGCGGAUUUAUGGUGACAGCAGCAGCAAUGUUCAAACUGUUCAUUCACAGAGCAAUGUCUGGCACUGGUUUAUCGUCUGUAAAUGAUGGUUUAUCGUCUGUAAAUUCCUGGGCGUGCACAUCUCUGAAGAUCAUUCCUGGUCCGAGAACACUAAUGCAAUUAUCAAGAAAGCUCAUCAGCGC